UAACGGGUAGUUCCGAUUACUAAAACUGACGAUGGCUUCAAGUGUCAUUUGUUUUAUCCCUCUAACACUUAAUGAAUGAAAACGAAACAAGCAGCCAUCUUAGUAGUUCGCUUCUAGCGCUUGGGCCGUGAGAUAAUAUAAACAAACAAGCAUUGUUCAUCCUAUUCAUAUCAGAAAAGUAAACAGAAGUAUAUGAGCCCACAACCAAAUAAUUGACUGGAUGUUACACAGGCUCUGAUGACAUCAGACUUCAUGUAAAGAAGAUUGUUAAAUUAAACGCACAAAUCUUCACAAUUGUUGAAUGUUUAGACUUUGAGACUAAAAAUUUGCAGCUGCAUGUUGUAGGUAAGGAUAAACAAUAUUAUUUGUAGCUUUUCAAAGGAAAAAACAAAUUUAAAAGAUCUAACAAUGGAUACAAUACCCAAAAAAUCUGGCUUUGCCCAAGGACAUCAUGAAGCCGAGAUCUGCUAUGGAGGUGAAGCUGACUUACACAAGCACUAUACCGGCUGUAAGAAGAAUCCAGGUCAUGUCAAUUUUAUACCUGUUAAUGAUUUUAACAUGGAUCAUCUCCCCUCACGUUAUCGUGAUGUCAUCAUGUUGGAGGUAAUCAAAGCUUUGUCUGCCCUAACUGUCCUGAUAAAGGUCAAGUACACCAGUCUAGACAGGCCAAAGUCUUUUCCAUGCUUCAGUGGUCAGUAUCCAUUUUAUAACACCAGAGGACGUGACGUGUUGAGGACAGGGACGGGGAGGGUGUGGCAGGUGGUCAAGUACACAGAGAGUGACAACAAGGGCACUUGUCCAUGUGGCAAGUGUCAACACUCGGACACACCCAGCAAAGUGUGGGGGGAGGUUUUUGUGAGCACAGCCACACACGUGGUGUUUGAUGAGAGUGAGGCGAGACAGACCAAGUGUGUUGUAGGUUUUGAUGACAAUAAAAGUCCUGGGGUCAGUCUUGAUGGCUGGGGGGUGAGGGGGGCAGACAUCGAGGGAGACGGGUGUAUGUUUACAUGUGUGUCAUGUGACUUAGAGUUGGUUGAUAAACUGGACAAGAUGUUGCAGCACUUUGAAGGUCUACGUGAGAAAUCAAGGGACAAAUACAGGAAAAUUUUUGGGUUGGACAAGUUGGCCGUUAUAGUGUCACAUCCUCAUGGCUGUUCUAAACAGGUCUCUGUAGGACAAUGGACAGACAGACAUGAGGGGAAAGUUUUGUACAAGUAUACAACAUGUACAUGUACAGGCUCCAGUGGAGCAUAUGUCUACUUGCCAGGAUAUGAUAGGUGGUCACAUCCCCACAGUGGAUCAAACUGUGAAGGAAAUUAUUGUGGAGAGGGUUGGUUAUUGUUGUAUUGAUUGAUCUGUACCUGUUAGUUCUCUCCCUUGUCUAAUGUAAAAAAAAAAUGGCGACUCCCUACAUUAUAUUUUCUUUCAUUUUCAUGUCUUUUGUUUAGAGCUGCUAGACACAUAAACAAAAUUAUAAUUAUAAACAGAUGCUUAAUUCUGAAAACUUGUGCUUUUCUAUAUUGUAUUAUUAAUUAUAAGAAUGCUGAUACUAACAAUAUGCAAACUGAUGUCAAUAAACGGUUUGAAGAUUA